CAGGUGCUAGCAGUGAGGGAGGUGGUACCAGGCAAGAGUAACAAUGAGGUGGUGAUGGUCCUACAGUAUUAUGACUACAGUGUGGAGAGAGCGAUUCAAGCCUACCUAGAAGGUAACAAGAUGGCUAGCAUUUAGUGAUAUCCAAUUUUUCAUUUUCAGUAUUCCAGUCUCUGAGCUGGACACUUAGAAUAAUAGCCACCCUGUACUAUUUAAUUUAUCACCUAACUGGUAUUUUUAAAUAAUUGUAAAAAUUUCAAGAAGCCUGUAGUAUCAUAAUUAUUACCCAGUCAAGGGUGCCCAGAUAGCCUAGUGUUCCCAAAUAGCUUAAAGCAACCAGUCAAGGGUGCCCAGAUAGCCUAGUGUUCCCAAAUAGCUUAAGGCAACCAGUCAAGGGUGCCCAGAUAGCCUAGUGUUCCCAAAUAGCUUAAGGCAACCAGUCAAGGGUGCCCAGCCUAGUGUUCCCAAAUAGCUUAAGGCAACCAGUCAAAGGUGACCAGAUCACCCAAGAUGCCCAGAUAGCCUAGUGUUCCCAAAUAGCUUAUGGCAACCAGUCAAGGUUUCCCAGAUAGCCUAGUGUUCCCAAAUAGCUUAAGGCAACCAGUCAAGGGUGCCCAGAUAGCCUAGUGUUCCCAAAUAGCUUAAGACAACCAGUCAAGGGUGCCCAGAUAGCCUAGUGAUCCCAAAUAGCUUAAGGCAAUCAGUCAAGGGUGCCCAGAAUAGCCUAGUGUUCCCAAAUAGCUUAAGGCAACCAGUCAAGGAUGCCCAGAUCACCCAAGAUGCCCAAAUAGCCUAGUUUUCCCAAAUAGCUUAAGGCAACCAGUCAAGGGUGCCCAGAUAGCCUAGUGUUCCCAAAUAGCUUAAGGCAACCAGUCAAGGAUGCCCAGAUCACCCAAGAUGCCCAAAUAGCCUAGUUUUCUCAAAUAGCUUAAGGUAACCAGUCAAGGACGCCUAGAUAACCCAAGAUGCCCAGAAAUGCUAGGUUGCCCUGGAUAGUACAUUGUGCUGCCUUAAAAAUUGUGCCUCAGAAUCUGGUAUUGUAGGUUAAAUAUUCUCACAGUACCUAAAUGUUAUCUCUGCCUAGACAGGAAAUGUAUCUGACGAGUGUAACACUGGCCAGAAGGACUCGUGGGGGACUUGUUAGAGUGUCUUUCAUGCUAUCAGUUCGUGCCCUCUGGUACUCUGGACUUUUUCUUUCUUCCCUAUCAUCUCAUAAAUUAUUUAUUUUUCUCAUCUACUCUUGUGUACAAAUCAUAAGAACAUUCCACCAAGUCCUCUACUGAGCUGUACUGGAUACUGAGAGAUGAAAUGCUAUACAUUUUCAUGUACUUAAUCUCAAAUCUUAGAUAUUUGGUAUUUAAAAACAUUACCAAGUUUUCUCACAAUUAUAUAGGUCAGUGUAUCCCAAACUUUUGACAUCUGUGUACCUCUGUAGAUAAUGUUCCUAACAAUGAGUACCCCUCGUUUAAAAAAAAAUUGCAUAUACUUCAAUAACAAUACAAAAAAAAAAUUUUUUUUUUUCCUUUGCAGCCCGUUACCCCCCCCCCGGCCAAACUUUUUCCCAUACCCCAGGGGUACACCUGCCACACUUUCGGAAACACUGAUAUAUGUCAUUAAAUCAUCUGGAAAGGGAUUUCUUCAAAGCAUAUAUUUAUUGCAGAAUUUGACCUAGUUUUGUUCAUUUACAUGGUGCUGGCUAUUUAAAUAGUUAAAAGUCAGAUUUGCAGGUGACAGUGCAAAUAAUAAAGUUGUCAAUGAACUUAAAUUGGACAUCUUAACACUUUUAGGUUGGGAAUUGUGCUUUCAAUAAAACUGAAGGGAAAGGCUGCUUCUUGUAAUGGUCAAUUUGAGUUUUUGCCACCAAAUAAGUUAGCAAUUAUUUUUAGUAUCUUUCAGUGUAGCAGCAGUGCAUUCACUGAAGUGCAUUGGUACAAGAUAACUGUAUGAGUAUCAACAACUGGAUGCAAUAUUUGUGGAAGAUAGCUAGUUUGGUAUCACAGAACAGUGCAGUCACUGGAGUAAAACUAUAGGAUACCACUGCUCUGCAUCAGCUGAAGAGUUGACAGCUUGUCCAAUAUUUAGUCUCCCUUUGCACUUGUACUUACAGAAGUUUUGUGUUACACCAGCAGUCUUGUUUGAUGUGGCCUAAAGUACCAAACACGGCUCUCUGUGCUUGUUCCCCUUGUUUUAUUCAUUCUUCUAGUUACAGCCAAAUCCUUCUUUUGUCUAAGAUCAGAAGGAGCUUGAAGAUAAACAUUUUCACAAUAGCUCUUCUGAUCCAUACAACGUGGCAAAAUUCAAACAGCUUAUUACGGAAUAAUUAUUAUUAAUUAAUUUUUUUUUGCACUGAUAAAUUUCUAAAACACAAUUGGGGGAAAAAAAAAUGAAUGGGUGGGUGGGUAGGGGUGUGCCAGGUUGUUCUCUCUUUAUUUUUUAAAUAUAAUUUUUUUUUAAAUUAUUUUUUUUGUGCUCCUGACUUUUUAAGUGUCUUAUAAAUUUAUUUUUCAACCCAAAUGGACACUGGACUUGAUAGCUUCUAUCUAGCUCAGCGGCUCUCAAUCUGUAGGUCGCGACCUCUUUGGGGGUCCAAUGGCCCUUUCACAGGGUUCGCCUAAGACCUUCCGAAAACACAUAUUGUCUACUGUUCAGAAGUAGCAACGAAAAUAAUUUGGGGUUGGGGGUCGACACAACAUGAGGCACUGUAUGAAGGGGUCAGGGCAUUAGAAAGCUUGAGAACCACUGACCUAGCUGUUGUAAAGCUCAAUCAACAUUUUUUGAAUACUCAUUGUAUACAUAAGGGGUGGCCAACCUUUUCAGCAGGCAGGUCAAAUUUCAGAAAUAAUAUUUCCUGCUGGGCCAUACACCUAAUUUUAAAAAAAAAAAAUUAAAGUUAACAAGCAAGCGUACUACAGCUUCCACCACAUGACCACAUCAGCUUCCUGAUAGGUGAGAUCAUGGUCUAACUCUUGCCUGGUUUCAUGUAAACAAAACAAGAAAUAUUUAUAAUUUAUACAUGUAAGUAUUUCUUUAAAGAAAAUAAAACAUAACUGAAAAUGAAACAAUAGACAAUUUUGAAAGUGAGACAUGUGACUUUGUUUAGCAGAACUAAGGGCAUCAAAAUUGACCUCGACUGAUGUUGUCGCAAUACACAAACAGUUUUCCAAUGAACAUCAGUAAUCCGUGUUCUCACUUGUGAUUUGAUGUGCUUUAUAUGACUUAAAAGCUGUUCACACGCAUAGGUGUUUACAAAUAGUGUAACUAUUGACAGAGCAUGUUUGUAAAAUCCAGGAUAUUUAUCCUCGUACACAAACAAAUUUCAUAGAACUCUUCCAAACAAGUUUGAUGGAAUUUCUCCUUUAACUGUGUAUCAGCUCACAUUUCACAUGUUCCAUUUGUAAUCUUCCUGGUAAUAAAUUCACGUCUAUCGCAAAUGGAGUUGCAAAUGCACAAAAAGUAUGUUUUGUUUUUUAAAUCCUGAAAUUGGUUUUUCAAAUUCGAGGUUUAAGUCAGAUAUCAAAAAAGCGUAGUUAUCCACCGCCUCCUGUUUGACGUCUGGUUGCAAUGACAAUGUAGGAAAAUGACUAACAAAACUGUUUGUCCUUAACUGUUGUUCCCAAAGACAAAGUUUCAUUUGAAACUCAGAUAUAUGUUCAUAACUCUUAUUAAUAAAUUGAUCUUUCCCUUGUAGACGAGUAUUAACAAUAUUUAGGUGGCUAGUUAAAUCGAUGAGAAAUGCAAACUGGGAUACUUAUUGACUUGCCUGCUAAGAAUGAUAGUAUUUCUUGCUCCACAUCAAAUGCUCUUUUCAAAAUUUUGGCACGGGUCAGCCAUCUUACUUCUGCAUAAAAUGUAACGACAUUAGAAUCUGAGUCCAAAUACUUGAGAAAUUCUUGUAACUGACUGUGUUUCAACUCUUUUUGAAAUAUGAAGAUCACUAUUUUGGUGACCACUUUCAUCUCAUGGUCCAUAACAUAAAUUCUCCUGAUGAAUAAUGCAAUGAAAAUUUAGCGUUGAAGUAUUACCGACUUUGGAGGCCUUGUUUUCAAUCAAUUUAACUAAACCUUCGUGUUUCCCAACCAUUGGUGGAGCAUCAUCCGCUGUUAAGCCCGAGAAGUUGUUAAGUUGUAACAACAAGCGAUUCAAUGUCAAUGUAACUUCCUCUGACAAAUCUCUUUACUUAGUAGUGUCCUUAAGUGGAUACAAUUCCACUAAUUCUUCUGUCUUUUUAAAAUGGACAUCAACACAUCAACAUAGAAAUUGCCAGUUGGGCAUUAUCUGCCUUAUCUGCGCUUUCAUCCAAUGUUAGAGCAUAAAAUAUAAACUCGGAUGUUCGACUUUUCAAAUUGUCUUCAAAAUGUUUUCCAAUGUUGUCCACACGCUUAGUAAAAGUCUGAUGAGACAGACUUAUUUUUGAUAAAUCCUUCUUCUUUUCUGGACACAUAAUUUCAAGAACUCUCCAAACAUUCAUUAACCAUUUCACCAUCUGAAUAUGGCUUUGAUUUAUUUUUUUUGCUAGUAUCAUGGCUACAGUAUGCAAGAUAUUUCAAAUUUCUCUUAGCUAUAAUUUAAAAAUAUUUAACAUGAACAACUCAUGAUGUAAGGUUCUAUUGGUGAUAUGUACAAUAAAGUAACAUUUAUAUUCAUUUGACCUAGCCUUGCGGGACCGCAAAAUGACUCCCGGCGGGCGGCUUGCGGCACGCAUGUUAGCCACCCCUGAUAUACAUGAUCCCGCCAUGGUGGACUAAUGAAGUUUGUUGUUGUUAAAGAGCAGGAUAUUUUUGCUAAUGAUGUUUUGGUUGUAAUGUUGUUUACUAUUGACUCAUGGUUUUAACUUUGUUUACUAAUGGCUCAUGGUAACAGAUGGAGCAAAGGGGGCUCUUCAAGAAUGGAACUUUACCGGGACAAAGGUCAGCCUUUUUAUUCUCUCAAACUGUCCAUUGUUAGAGAUUUGAAACCAUUUCAGUUUGUUAAUUAGGAUGCUUAUUUUUAUUUUUUCUAAAAACAAUUUUGCAAAGCAUUUGGAACUAGAUUUUACAGAAGUUUGAUUUUUUUUAAAUUGUGUUUAUAUCCUAUGUGUUGAUUUUAUUCCCCCAUAUCAAUGCGAACUCAACUUUUACAUAGUGGUUGCUGGGUUUCUGAGUGGUCUAAACUGAUUCAAUCCAAACAGCUGGUGGUCUGGAGUUCAAUCCCCACCAAAGCCAAGACAAACCAAAAAUCACAAGCACUCCUCUAAGAGUAGGAAAACUCUGCGUUCAAACCAGACUCCAUAAUGUUCAAUAAUUUGAUCACGGGCCCUCAAAAUAUAGGAAAAAAACAGAAAAUUAGAAAAAGUGACUGCAUCUAAAUGUUUAACAACAUGAACUUGUGUGUUUCAUUAAGUAAUCAACAAGUCCUUAUUUUUGAGAAGCCAGCAAACAAUAUUUACAAGAAGUGCUCUGUUGUUUUGACCUCCCCAUCUCAUAUUUGUCCCCCCUCUCAUGACAAAGUGCUCUGUUGUUUUGACCUCCCCAUCUCAUAUUAGUGCCCCCUCUCUUGACAAAGUGCUCUGUUGUUUUCACCUCCCCAUCUCAUAUUUGUCCCCCCUCUUUUGACAAAGUGCUCUGUUGUUUUGACCCCCCCCCUCAUCUCAUAUUUGUCCCCCCCUCUCUUGACAAAGUACUCUUUUGUUUUGACCUCCCCAUCUCAUAUUUGUCCCCCCCAUUUAAUAUUUGUACAUCUCCUGCAGCAGCCCAAAAAACGAAAGAAUAAAAAGAAAGCCAAUGUUGAGAAGCCAAGCGACAAGCCCAGCACAUCACCUGCCAGCCCAACAGCCGAGGUGAAGGCAGAGCCUAUAGUCAAUGGGAAGUCUGGCCUUCCUAACGGUGACCUCGCCCACAGUGAGUUUAAAUAGCUAAAUAUCUUACCUUACUAGGGCUAGCUCAUAUCUUACUCGACCAGGGCUUAUCUAUUAUCCUACCUUACCAAGGUUACCUUACCAAUGCUACCCAAUAUCUUACCAUACCAAUGCUACCUGAUAUCUCACCUUACCAAUGCUACCUGAAAUCUUACCAUACCAAUGCUACCUGAUAUCUCACCUUACCAAUGCUACCUGAAAUCUUACCUUACCAAGGCUAUCUAAUAUCUUACCUGACCAAUGCUACCUGAUGUCUUAGCUUACCAAUGCUACACAAUAUCUUACCUUACCAAGACUUACUAUCUGUUAUCUUACCUAAUAUCUUACCAAAGAAAGUAAACAUUGGUCAGAGGCUUCAACCUCAAAUUUGCUUCCCCCCAACCCUUUGCAUGGUUAUCUACUCAAUGAAUUAUUAACAAACUCGUGGCAUACAUGGUGUCCACACACCAGUUCUUGAACCAGUAUCAAAAGGAUUGAGGUCUGAUGGCAUAGGUUUAUGUUUAAAUCAAGUCUUCACUUUGUUUCUGGUUAAACUAAAUGCUGAGUUGUCAAGGUCUGUUUGAAUCAUUGAUCCAAUGUAUGACGUUUAAUAGAAUCUAGAAUUACUUGUGCUUUAGAGACAUAUGCAACAUUUUUCUAACCACUCUCACUUUCGAACUAACCCAAAAGUUCCCAAAUCUUUAUGAUUCUCUGCACCUUUGCCGAAUCCAGGUUUUCACAAGGCGCCCUGUGUCAAAUUUUAACAAUUAGCCUGCGCUGAAAGAGUGUUAAAAUUUUGUUAUCAAAGGGUUAGAUAAACAAAAAAAAUGAAAUUACUUAUGAAGGUCACUAAGAGCCAUCUACUUACCAUAUGUAAAGGUUUUCAGCAAAUAGUUAUUAAUCUAGUGAGCUACUUCCUCACACAAGGUUGUGUAAGGCUCCAUAUCAAGGAGAUACCAUUAUGAAAUUUCAGUAGUAGUUUGCUGUGCCUCUGUGAGGAAGUGGUGGCUCCCUAAGGAAGCUGUGCGCCGAUGAGGAGCAGUGGCUCCCCGAUACUUACUAAGAAAUAAUUCAUAUUAAUGUGUUGUGUGUUUUAAACUUGACUUUUCAUUUCUUUUUCACAAUUAUAUAUAAAAAAGAAAGCCUUUGUGGCAGUUGGUUUACAGAAAUAUUGAUCUGUUUUCUUUCUUUUUUCAAAAAAAAAAUGAUAUUUUUUUUAUGCAUCAGAAUGUCCAUCAAAAAUGCAGAAGUAAAUUCAAAUUUGCAAAACGUUAUUGUCUUGUCUUCACGCUGCCAUAUUGGCCAAUAAGAGCAUUGUUGACUCUCAUCUUGUUUGAUGGCAUUCCAAAUAUAAUUUUAUGGGUUUUUUUUUUUUUUUUUAAACCCUAUGUCAGGCGCACAUAUGUCAGAUGUUGUCUCCCCGGUGGACUUGACUUCAGCCGCUCAGAAGUCAUCACAGGAAGGGACGCAAGCAGCUUUUUUUUUUUUUUUUUUUUUUUAUAAAAAAAAAAAUAUUUUUUUUUUGUUUUUUUUUUUUUUUUUUUUUAAACCCUAUGUCAGGCGCACAUAUGUCAGAUGUUGUCUCCCCGGUGGACUUGACUUCAGCCGCUCAGAAGUCAUCACAGGAAGGGACGCAAGCAGCGACCGCCUCCUCUGUAACCUCAGCAGCACCAGAAGCCAAGGGGAGCAGUAAUGCCGAUCCCACAGUACCAGAGGCUCUGCCACAGAGGCAGUCGCACAAGGGCAGGGGCCACGUUGGUGAGUUGUCAUAAACAUGCCACCCCAACACUGUGUUGGGUUAAUGACAUUGAAAAAUACAAAAUAGCAAAACAAAACCUGUUCAGACCAUCAAGAUCACUUGUUAGAAUUUGUUUGGAUUUUUUAGUUGGUGCUUUUCGAAGAAAAAAAUAAUCAUUUAAAGUUUUGUUUGGAAAUAAAAUUCAUAAGUGCUUCUGAUGUGACAUUUUUUCAACUGAUGAAAAUCCUGUGCCAGCAACCAAAAUAUUUUUAAAAAUUCUUACAUUCCCUAAAUAAUUUUUAAACAGAAGAAUUUUUUCUAAUACAUGUGAACAAAGAGAUCAAUUUUAAUGAUAUUGGUGAUUUUUCAAGGUGCACUAGGCGUAGUUGGUUAAUUUAUUUGUGUGGUGGCUGGUGAUGUGUAAAGGGUGGGGUUGGAGGUGUUGGUGGUGUGUAAGAUUUUUGUUAGGGGCUGGUGGUGCGUAGCAUUCUUGUGACCUGGCUCUAUCUUGUUCUCCAGACACUCACAACAAUGCACAUGGAGACAGGCAGCAUCAGCUUAGAGCCAGGGAGAGGACGGUCAGCGAGGUCAGCACAGGCUCGGGUAUGGGCGAUGGCCACAACAAGAAACCGUUUCAAGGUAGUUAACCGCGUCAGAGUUGGCCAUCGUAGACCAUUUCUUAGCCGUCUUCAUUUCAACCACAAAUGUCCCCACUAUGACACCAUCCACCGUUAUUAUUAUGGCAUUGUAAACUGUCUUGAUAUGACCUUGCGUGGUAUGGGCUGAUCAUUAUUUUUUAUAUAAAUAUUUAUACAUCGGUUUUAACGAAUGGAGAUUUUCUUUCUGUGUAAAAUUCUUAUUUUUGAUAUUCAAAACCAAUAUAAAAUCCAUGUUUUUUUUCCCUCAAGGUUGUUUUGUUGAGGACAUCUUCAUCAAAAUUUACCCUUAAAUAUAACCCAUUGCUCCCUGAUGGGAGAGCUAAGACACAGUAUGAGCCAUUGCAGUCAUAAGCAGUACUGUGAGUUUUCUAAGCUGCUUAUGAUCCUCUUCACAUGCACUGCCUGAGAAACUUCUCACAACUCUAUGUGUCGAAGCACUUGUAGAGGACCCGCUAACUUCCCAAGCUUUGACCAUAUUUACGAGUCGUAACUUAACUGCGGAAUGUUCAAACCAUCGAAUUAUUUAGACCUCAUUGAUGGGGAUGUUUGAAAUGAAUGGUGUUGCACAAAUAGCCUGUGAUUCAUAACCUUGAGUUUAAAUCUAAUUGCUUGAACAAAACGUGUCGUAAAAUUGUCAAUCAUUAAUAAAUCCAGCCCCUUAAGUGGUAUUUGGUUUUGGAAUUGGUAUCCUUAAAAUUGUGUCAUUGUAUUCUUGUGGAGGGUAAAUAGCUAUUCGUAAAUAGUAUACUGUUUUUCAGACCUACUUGGCCCAAUGGAAAUUCUUGGGAACAUCGUAUAUCUGGCUGAGUGCUUUCUGGUAGUGUCUGAUAAAUAUUCAGAUUUUUGCUGCUUUAAAACUUUUGAAACUUCACCAUCAGGUCUGGAGAAGGCUAUCAAAGAUCUCCACAGACAGACAACUUCAUUGGAGCGGCUGAAGCUGGUGCUAGACCAUGAAAUAGACAGAUCCUACAAGAGCAUGAAAAGUGUCUUUGAAGAGUUGAGACAAGGGUACAUGCAAAUUUAUCUCAUACAAUCAAAGCUGCGUUACAAAUAUUAAAUACCACUUGCAGUUUCUUAGAUUAAAUUUUUUUUUAAAUGUGCUAUGAAUUUUUAAGAUUUAUAUUGUGUCACAUUUAUAGUGUGUCACUGUCCUUUUUUUUUUUUUUUUUUUUUUGUUUUGUUUUUUUUUUUUUUUUUUUUUUUUUUUUUUUUUUUUUUUUUUUUUUUAUUUUUUUUUUUUUUUUUUUUUUUUUUGGCUGAGUUUAUUAAUAUAGCAAGCUGCAUAACUUUGUAAAGCAUAUUUCUAAGUACAUUGGAGAAAGUAGAAAUGCUGGCUUAAUCUAUAAGUUUUUAUAACCAAAGAAAUUAGAAGGCUUGCUUUUAAUUUUACAGCACACAAGCUGACAAUUGCUCAACAUUUUCUAUCCCCAGCCUAAGCAACAGAGAAGCCCAGCUUAUGGCAGAAAUGGAUGUGCUCAAGAAAGAAGCUUGUAAUUAUGCUUCCAACCCUUUUUUUUUCGUCGGCCCCCCCCCCCCCGACUCUUACACACACACACAGGCAUGUAGGCCCACACAUGCGCAUGCACUCAAAGUCCAGUGCUGUAUCUGUCUUAACUUGAGCUCAGUUUUUUGUUUUGGCCAUUAGUGAAAAUACUGUUUUUAAAAUAAUUAUCAGUUUUCAUGCAAGAGUGAAUUAUUUUAAAUUUGACUCAUUUGCAUGUUGUUGUUUUUUUUGUUGUUUUUUUCUUUUUUUUUAACAUAAAAUUUCCCGUAAGACCGCUUCACUAAAUAAUCUGCUCAGAUCAACGUACAUAACUGCUGAUGUUUUCGAGUGGUUUAAAAUAUAAAGAACUUCCACACAACCAGAAAAGUCGAGUUUGACCAAGCUUUUUUUACUGACACAGUUUGAGUGGGUCUUUUGAACGUGCUUAUGCGUAUCACAGCUCAACCCUCUUCAUAUCUAAGUUACGGCCUUGGGGCAUUGCUAAGGCCUGAACAGUUUUCAGUUCACUCUGUUAGGGCAUUUCUAAUGACUGAACCAUGUCCAGUUAUCUCUAUUUGGGAAUUUCCAAUUACCGAACAAUUUCUAGUUUCAUCUAUUAGGGCAUUUCCAAUUACUGAACAAUUUCCAGUUACGUCUAUUAGGGCAUUUCUAAUUACUGAACAAUUUUCAGUUACCUCUAGAAGAGCAUCUAGAUUACUUUGUAUUCAUCCUCCCCUUUGGAACUUUUGAUAAAGAAAUAAGUCGCUAGGGUUUCAUGUCAAUGUCAGCAACUGAUUGCCCCUGAAUUUGUGUUGUUUUCCAGCUGAGAUGUUGGAGAUGCGACAAGGCAAAGCAGUGGAUCUGAGGAGACAGGUGGACAGGGCAGACAGGUUGAAGGAGGCAGAGGUCUCGGAUCUUAGGGCAGAAAUCAAGGUAGGCAGCAAGCCAUCACUCAAACAGUAUUCUGAAACUUUUAUGAGAACAAAAUAGCUCUCCUUCCAAUGAUGGUGCCAAGUGCACACAAAUUUGACUUGAUUCGUUUUGAUUAGACAAUGAGUUUGUUAGUUUUAAAUAGACGUCUUGAAUUAUUUGAAAAUGUCAUAUUUAUUUUCAGCACUUUGUCAGUGAGCGUAGACAUGAUGAGGAGCUAGGUCGUGCCACACGUUUCCUCUUUGACUCUGAUCAUAUGCUGGAUGAAAUGAAGAAAUUUGGGGAAGGUCAGUUCGUAUAUCAUAUGGUGUGUCCAUUGUCAGUGAAUUCAUUUGACAUCCGUCCUUGGUCUUUCAUUCUAUCAUUCAUCUGUUCAUGGCAGUAUCAAAAACUAUUAGACAUCUACUCCUAUUGUUGCUAGCUGCCUGUAAUUAGAGUUAAACACGUGAGCUUGACAUGAUUUCAAGUUUAAGUAUUUAUGAAGGCCAGUUCUCUAUAAUAAGUUUUGACUGUCCUACAAGUUUAUUUAUUAAGGCCAAACUCAUUGAGAUGCUGAACAUUGUUUACCCCCCUACAGUCGUCCAUGUUAAAUCUGUGUACACUGCCAGGAGGGCGUCAGUUGCAUCUGUGGCCAGCAGCAGUGUCAGCCAUGAUGAUGACACAUCCCAUUCUCAGGAGGUCAGCCAGUUACAGGACAGACUGAAGAACUCCCUCAAGCUCCCUGUAAGUGAACUUUUUUUUUAAAUUACAGAACAUCAGAAUAUAUAUAUAUUAAUUUUUUUUUUAAAUAUGUUAUUGUGCAAAUCUCUACUAUAAAAACAGUGUGUGUUGAAGGAUGGUGUUAAGGGAUAAUUGGACCCUUCCAUAUUUUUGAAGAUUAUUUUUUAAUAAUCUUUUUUUUUAAAGUUUGAUGAAAUCCAUCUAAGGAUAAAAUGUGUCAAGUCUGUUAGAGUCCACACAACAAAAUAUAAAUGUAUACUAAAUCCCUGUACUUCCUACCCAGAGUACUGUACUCAAUAACUCAUGAGUACUCAAAUCAACAACUCAAGAGUACUGUACUCCAUGCUAUAUCUACGUUUGCUUUAUAUUACUUUCAAUUCAUCACUUUUUAAAGCAGUUUUAAUUUGUUGAUACUAAUGAAAAUAAAGAUAGAUUGUAGCAUUAAUUCUAUUUUCUUAUCCCAGUAUUCAUCCAGCCAUGGAUCUUCAUCCAGUCCAAGGCCUUCAUCCACUCCCAGUGAUCCGCACAAUACAGGUCUGUCCUUAUCCAGAACUCCCACCUGUUUUUUUGUCAAAUGAGAAGAAAUAGUUGCUUUUUAAUUUUUGUUGUCACAAUGUUUACACAGCCAGGGGCAACCUACAAUUGAGAUAUGUUUUUAAAAACAUCCUUUGGCAGAAUUGGUUUGUGACUUGGAUCACGGAUGAACAGGACGUGUGCGGCAAUAAUAAAACAACAAAAUCACUUAUGGUCAUGCAUCAACAUCAGCGCAUUGAAAGAGUAAUAAUAAGAAGACAAUCCUGAAAUGUAAAAAAAAUAAGUUGUCAUGUCACACAAUGCUUGAAAUUUAUCUGAACAAUUACACGUUGGUUGAAAUUUUAUUUAUUGGGAGUGUCCUUUUAAAAAAAUCAUAAGAAUAAUUAUUGGGCCGAUUCUUUCCUAGUUAAUUGUUGGGAAAGGGCAAAACUUUGAUCAAGAGGCAUACAAAGGCGGGAGGGGGCAGAGGGGGCUGAUGUCCUGUGGUGCCAGACUAGUGAGGGGAACCAAAAUGGGCUUUGGUGGUAUUUUAAUAAAUGAGGAAAAUAAUGAGUUGAAGGGCUUGUAAAAAAAAUGGAUCUUGUCGUCGUCGUCGUCGUCCCCCCCCCCCCCCCCGGUCUGAAAAGUUUUUGUUGGUAAAGACACACACAAAAAAUGGCUCAGGUUCAUUUAAUUUGAACAUCAUAAAAGUGGAAAGAAGGCUGACUCCCAAGACCAGCUUUAGGAUAAAACUAAAUCAUGGCAGACAUGUUCAUGUUCUUUCAUUUUAUAGAAGUAAGAAGCAAAGACAACCCCCUCCCCCCCGACCAAUAGAUUUAAAAGAGGCUUUUUCCUUGGGUAAAAGUAAACACAUUGGACAUAGAUUUUGCAGCAUAAUAUAAUGCAGUAUAACUUCAACUUGUUUUAUUGAAGCAAAAAAUAAUAUAUUUUUCCUCACAGAUUUUACACCUAGUAAAAACAAUCGCAGACGUCCACCCAACACUAGAGAGGGAACCGCAGAUAGUUACAGGGGAGGUAAUUCUGUCUCUACAUCUUUAGGUAAGCUAUUAGUUGCUUUGAUUUUUAAAUAGUUGCUCAGUUUCCCCACUAAAAGGAAGGAGCUAGACAGUACAGCAUGGGUGAUACAAAGUAGAUAAAGUAGAUAGUUUGUUGCAAGGUCACGUAAAGUGAAUUAAAAUGAGGAGGUGCUUUGCUCAGUCUCAAACAUGUUUCGCACUAUUCAAGAAAGCCUCAGUGCUAGUGUUUUUAUGACAGCUUCUGUUAAAGAAUUAACUGCUACAGUGUUAAGUUUGUUUGCUUUAAGCUACUUUUUAUCAAAAUGAUUGUUAAACAUAAGUUUAACUGUGAUAACUGGUCGCAGAACACGUGGUUUAACUGUAAUGGCUGACCACACUUGUUUUGGAGGCUCCAUCGUCACCUUAGUGUUAAUAAUGCCAGCGCUUCUCCUCAGAUGUCAAUUCUAACAAGGCAACAACACUCACCUCGGCAGAGGCAGCCACGCCCUACAACAGCAAUCUUCGCGGCACCAACUCGCCCAAGGACCCAUCAACAACCUACAGAAACGGCAACACCAGCUUUCCUGGCAGGGGAGGGCGGGGCGGUAGCAGCGGAUACGGCCCUAGGACAGGAAGCGGCGGUGGUCGAGGCAGAGGCCUGGGUCGCGGGAGUGGAAGGGGAGGAUUCAGAGGCAGGGGCGGUUACGGGGGAGACAGCUCAAGGCCACAGUCCACACAGGGACAAAGCUACUACCGAACCCCGUCAGCCACCGCUAGUACUUAAAUGUAUUCUUAUGAAGUCACUUAGUUACCAGACGGAAUGUCAGCAGUAUGAAAUUAGUUUUCUAAGCCCAAUGUUCAUUUAAGCUUUUAGUGCACGUUAAAAUGGCAGUAUUGAUAAGGACAGAGACAGCAUGUUUUUUUUUGUUUUUUUCCAUCACCUCCCAAUAAAUGUGACAUAGUCUUUGUAUUUAUUUGUAAAAGCUUGUUGAUCAUAUCAGUUAGGGGAAUCAUUUACAAAUUAGCCUCUGGCUAUACCGGAGACACAGCCCUUAUAGAGAAUGUUUGUAUUCAUUUGAAUGUUCGAGUGCAGCUGGAAGCUUGUGAAAAUAUCAAAGACUGAGAUAAAGUGGUAGACAGUACCUAGGGAUGACAUCUGGUUAAAUGAACCAUGUGAGAAACAGCAUAUAGCCACUCAAAUGUUUUACAUUUUUACAUGUCCCUGUGUAUUACUAGGAAAGUUCUUUCAACUGCAUAUCAGCAAUAUAAAUGGUUUUAAACAGUCAUUUAUAAACCCCAACCCCCCCCCCUUCCCUUUUUUUUUUACCCCACAAAGAGAUUACCUACAUUUAGUUAAAAUCAUAGCAAUGUGCAGUCUAAAUUGUCUCUUUGUUUCAAUUAUAGUUCCAGCUGGCUAUUUUUAUCUUUACAAAGUUUAUUCAAGUUCGACAACUUCCUGUUAAAUCACUUGAGACUAAAGAUUGCUACUCAGCGGAGUUACUCGUUCAUUCUACUGGAAGGCUGUUACUUAAAAGGUUGUCAAUUUACCUGGAGGCUGACACUGUAGCUGGAGAUUGUCAAUUUGCCAGAUGAUUGUCACUUACGAUGACUGUCACCAUGACAGAAGUUAUCACUAUAGGUGAAGAUUGUCACUGUUUCUAAAAAAUGUGCAGUCUAACUUAAAAUUGUCAAACCGUAUGAAGGUUGUCACUCUAGCUUAAAGUUGUCCCCCAGGCCAAAGGUUGUCACUCCAGCAGCCGACAGUUUCAUUUAUUUUGGUCAGUAAAUCUGAGUCUUAUAUUUAUUUAUUCUUGGUACUCAUGUACUUAAUGUCCUUUUCUUAAAUAAUUUCCCAGUUCUGUCAUUUGAGAUGAAGUCAGAGAUUUUAUUGAACUAUCAAAGAGUUUUUUUUAUAACAAAAAGCCUUACUAACUAACAGGCAUUUUAGCUAAAACUUUAUUUUUCUUCAUUUUAUUGCCUCUGCC